CUACUCAAGUUGAAUGCUAGCUGUAGGCGAUCAGGUGGACGCGCCCCCCGCCCCCCUCUCCACCAAUCUGACCUACUCAACUCUCUUUUUCAACUUCAACGUUGUAUGCACUCCCGUGAACUUGAAAAUCUAUUAUGUAAUCAAUGUUGAGAUGCAACCUCUGGUAGUAUAUAUAGACAAAGAAGGUAGACAAGUUAGACAAAGUAAAAAGCCAUGAAUUAUAGCAUACUGCUUCUUCUACUUUCCUUUCUCUGGUCAUGCAUUAAGGCCCCAAUUAGUGCUCUUGGCUCCAGCAAGCGGAAAUUCGGCAUGGCCAGGCUUCCGCCAGGCCCCCGCCCUUUCCCCAUCAUCGGAAACCUCCUUGAACUCGGCGAUAAACCCCACCAAUCACUCACAACUCUCUCCAAAACUUAUGGCCCUCUAAUGUCUCUCAAACUAGGGAGCACCACCACCAUAGUCAUUUCCUCUUCAAAAACAGCCCAAGAAGUGCUAAGCAAAAAUGACCAAGCCUUCUCCAGCAGGGCUGUCCUCAACGCCGUCCAAGCCGUGAACCAUCACAAUUUUUCAGUGGUCUUUCUACCGGCAUCCGCUCAUUGGCGCAACCUCAGGAAGAUUUGCAGCACGCAGAUGCUUUCCUUGCCUCGUAUUGACGCCUGCAGAGCCCUGCGCCGAAGAAUUGUGCAACAACUCCUAGAUCAUGCUCAUGAAAGUUGCACCAGCAGCCGGGCAGUCGACAUUGGCAGAGCCGCCUCAACAACCGCCCUCAAUUUGUUAUCAAACACCAUUUUCUCUGUUGAUUUGGCUCACUAUGAUUCCAAUUUUUCACAAGAGUUCAAGGAUCUAGUGUGGAGUAUAAUGGAAGAAGCUGGAAAGCCUAAUCUUGCCGACUUUUUUCCAGGGCUUAGUUUCAUUGAUCCACAAGGAAUACAGAAAAAGAUGACAGCCAAUUUUUAUAAACUACUCAAGGUUUUUGAUGGCAUCAUCGAUCAACGGUUGCAAUUAAAGGCUUCUUCGGAAAACAAUGAUGUACUUGAUUCCCUCCUCAAUCUCAACAAACAACAUGACCAUGAGUUGAGUAGCAACGAUAUCAAACAUUUGCUCCUGGACCUAUUUUCUGCGGGAACUGACACCACUUCGAGCACGGUAGAGUGGGCAAUGGCGGAAUUAUUGAACAACCCAAAAGCAAUGGCAAAAGCUCGAAGUGAGCUGGAUGAAGUGCUAGGCAAAGGCAUGAUAGUUGAAGAAUCGGACAUUUCAAAGCUUCCUUAUUUACAAGCAGUAGUAAAAGAAACCUUCAGAUUGCAUCCACCAGUCCCAUUUCUGGUUCCUAGAAAGACCGAAAUGGAGUCGGAAAUAUUAGGCUAUGCAGUGCCAAAAAAUGCUCAAGUUCUUGUCAAUGUAUGGGCUAUUGGCAGAGAUCCCAUGAUGUGGACCAACCCUAAUUCAUUUGUGCCUGAAAGGUUUUUGGAGUGCGAGAUUGAUGUCAAGGGUCGAGAUUUCCAGCUCAUUCCAUUUGGUGCUGGAAGAAGAAUCUGUCCUGGAUUGCUAUUAGGCCAUAGGAUGGUCCACUUGAUGUUGGCUUCGCUCCUUCACUCCUUUGACUGGAAGCUUGAGGAUGGUAUGAAACCAGAAGACAUGGACAUGACUGAGAAGUUCGGAUUUACAUUGAGGAAGGCCCAACCUCUCCAGGCCGUUCCCAUCAGACCAUAAUAUUUGUCUUUAUCUAAGGACCGACUUGGCCACGUGUCCUGAAAAAAUAUCAGAUGGAUUAUAAUUAGAUUAUGAAAACAGGAUAUGUCUUUUCCUGUACUCAUUAAUGCAGUCAUUAAUAAAGAAAUAUAAUAUUUGCUUCA